AUGGUCUACAAAAGGGAUAUAACAAGGGAUAUAACAAAUAGACCUGUUGCAUUACUAAGUAAUAUAGGCAAAAUAGUUGAGAGGGUAGUUUACGACAGACUUUCAAGAUUUUUAGAAAGUAAUCUAAUCCUAAAUGAUUCUCAAAAUGGUUUUAGGAAAAAGAAAUCUACAAUUCGAGCGAUUUUUCAAGCACUUUGUAAUAUAGUUAAAUCACAAAACUUAAAUAAAAAUACUUUCUUAUUAUGCAUUGAUCUGUCUAAGGCUUUCGAUAGUGUCGAUCAUCAAUUAUUAUUUAAAAAAAUGGAACUUUACGGGAUUAGAGGAGUAUCUUUAAAUUUGUUUAAAUCUUAUUUGGAGAAUCGGACCCAAUCUGUGGUUGAACGCGAUGAAUAUGGAUUUAAAUUGAAGUCUGAAAAAAUUUUAAUUGAAAAAGGAGUGCCACAAGGUUCCAUACUAGGGCCCCUUCUUUACAUUAUUUAUACGAACGAACUUCCGUAUAUUAUUAAGGAAAACAUAAUACAAUAUGCCGAUGACACGUCUCUAAUAUUUAGUUUAGACGCAAUUGAAAAUGCAGAUUGCCAAAUUCGAAACAUAAAUAAAUUAAAUAGCUCUAAUCUUACUUUAGAAACUACAGAUAGUGUAUCAAUUUUAGGCGUGGAAAUCAAUACUAGACUUGAUUGGAAAAGUCAUAUAGAUAAAUUGGCGAAUAGUAUGUCAAAUCUUUUUAUUUUUGAGGCGGUUCUGUUCGUGAAAAAGAAUAUAGAUUUGUUUGAAGUAUAUAAAAAAGGGCAUUGUUAUGAAACUAGAUUUAGAUCAAAUUAUUCAUGUAAUAAACUAAAUUUUACUUAUCUUCAGAAUAAUGUUCCAAAUACUAUAGUUAAGGUUUUCAACAAGCUACCAGAACAACUAAGAGAACUCUCUAUUAAAAAAGUUAAAAUCAAAUUAAAAUCAAUUUUAAUAGAAAAAUCUUAUUACUCAAUGGAGGAAUAUUUUAAUGAUGAUCUUCAUCAAUAUGUUUUUGUUAAAUAUUAUGUGUUUUUGGUCAAAUUAAAUCAUACUACACAGAAAAAAAGGGAAAAAGGAAACAGGAAGUUCCUUGACGCAGUACAAGAAUCCGCAGCUCGUGAGGGACCAAGAAACCAAGACCAAGACUACCAAGAAGCCCCACAAGGCCAAUACAACCGUAGACAACAAAACCAACAGCAAUAAGCUAUAUAAAAAUUAAAUCAAAAAAUUGAAUUUCUGUGAUUUUACUUCAUUGUUAAAUUUGAGUGGCUAGUAUGUUAACUACAGACUGAAAUAUCUUUUAUAGUACACACUUUUUUAUACUUUGCAGAAAUCGAGCACUUUAACGUUUAGGUAUUUAGAUUGCACUCUAGAUUUAUUUGCACAAUAAUAAUGUAGAUUAGGUUUUGCACCCCACGCACACUGUUUGGUUAGUUUUGCACCUUUUAUGUCCGAAUACCGGUUUUAGUUUAAUAAAAUUAUUUUUAUGUUA